UGCGUCGCAGAAACAUUGAACAAUUUGAACGCGCGGAUUAUCGCAGCUCUCGCAACGUUGUCGCCGUCGUCGUCGUUGUUGUCGUCGCCGCAGUUGACAACAAUCAGAUCUAAAGCUGCAACAGAAUGAGAAUCCAAAUCAGAAUCUGAAUCUGAAUCUCAAGCGAAUGAAGAUUUCAAUUCAAGUGCAAAGUGAAGACAAGUGAACAACAACAACAAAGCAAAGCAACAACAAGUGCAAGAGUUACACAAAUAAUUCCCAAUCCAAAUUCUAAGCUCAGUCCUCUAGAGAGCGUUGUUUUUCCGCUCUCGGUUCGAUCGAUCGGCAAAACUCCCUUCGACAUUUUUUGCCGUUGUCGCCGCGCCGCGUUUUUAUUUUGUUUUCGUCGCGAUCGUCGUCGUCGUCGUUGUUUUUCCCUCUGCCUUCGUCGUUGUCGUCUUUGCGUCUUUCGCCGUAUCGCAAAAUGUAAAAACGGAAUCUGAGAAAAUUGCAGAGUUGGAAUCGAAAUCGAAAUCGGAUGUGGAAUCGAAGUUGAAGUUGAAGUUUAAUUUGAAGUGCGGAUCAAUGCCGAAUUCGAAUGCAAUGAAAAUUGCAAUAUUUGCAUUUUAAUUAAAUUGCAAGAAUUUCCAAAGUGUGUGUAUACUUCUAUCUCUAUCUCUCUCGCUGUGUAUAGAGUGUGUAUAAGUGUGUACGUGUUUGCGACAACAACACACCAAAAAUAUAUAAUCAAAAGAAAAAACACGAGAGAAAUACAACAACAACACACACAAGAAAAGAAAAAAAUAAACGAGAAAAAGGCGAAAAGAAAUAUUGUUCAACAAGUCAAACGAGUUCUUUUGGCUCGCUUUGGCCGUGUGGCCAACAGCAGCAACAGCAACAGCAGCAGCCGCAGUAACAACAGCAGCAACAACAACGAGUCUCGGCCAAGUCGCAUUUGGUGGCAGUGGCAAGCAGACAGUUGUUGUUGUGGCUUUGCGCCUUUGGUGAAAAAUAUUGACAGCAUAUUGCCACAAAAUCUCAUGAAAUGGCCGCUGCUGGAGGUAGUGGCAAUCGAAGCGAAGGGCAAUCCCAGUCGGCGACUUCAGAGUAGCGCCAUGUUGGGUUUUUAGCACGCAAACAACAACGAGAGUUAAGCCAAAACUCAACUCGAAACAAUAAACACACACACAUAAGCAACAAACAAACACACACAAGGAGAGAUGCAUCAGGGAGCAGUCGAAACAACGACAACAACAAUUUUGAGUUUGCGCUCUGUGAACUACAGCAGAGACAGCAGCAGAAACUACAACAACAUCAAGAAGAUGCAGCCAAGCAUGAGGAGCAGAAGCGAGGGCGGCAGAGACGCGACCACGCCCACAUCGGCUCGAACGCCCACGACGGGGACGCCCAGCAAAGACUACACAAUGUUCCACCGAUGCCGACGACGCAGUCGAAGCUCAAGGUCAGCAUUGCUUCCUCCGUCAUCAUCAUCAUCAUCAUCAACGUUUCCCGCCAUCGUUUCCAGCCGACUGCUGCUCUGGCUGCUCCUAGUCGCCUGCAGCCUUUCCAGCUGCUCGCCAGCCGCAGCGGAGAAGGAACGGGAGCGCAGCCUGGAGGUGUUUGAGGGCGUGCCCGUGGACCAUCAAAUCGGUUACAUUGGUGACUUUGACAGCAUCGACAGCGGACCGCCGUACAUUAUUGUCGCCGAGGCGGGCGUUGAGACGGAUCUGGCCAUUGAUCGCACCACGGGCGAGAUACGCACCAAGGUGCGUCUGGAUCGCGAGACGAGAGCUUCGUAUAGUCUGGUGGCCAUUCCGCUAAGUGGACUUAAUGUGCGCGUCGUGGUUACGGUGAGAGAUGAGAACGAUAAUGCGCCAACCUUUCCGCAGCCCUCGAUGCACAUCGAGUUUCCUGAAAACACGCCCAGGGAGGUGAAGCGAACGCUACUCCCGGCGCGGGAUCUCGAUCUGGAACCGUACAACACGCAACGCUAUAAUAUUGUGUCGGGAAAUGUGAACGAUGCCUUUCGCCUGUCCUCGCAUCGGGAACGCGACGGGGUCUUGUACCUGGAUCUGCAGAUCAGCGGCUUCCUCGAUCGCGAGACAACUCCCGCUUAUAGUUUGCUGAUUGAGGCGCUAGAUGGCGGCACUCCGCCACUGCGAGGACUGAUGACUGUGAAUAUAACGAUACAGGAUGUGAACGACAAUCAGCCGAUCUUCAACCAGAGUCGAUACUUUGCCACUGUCCCCGAGAAUGCCACGGUGGGUACCAGUGUGCUGCAGGUUUACGCCUCGGACACCGAUGCGGAUGAGAAUGGGUUGGUGGAGUAUGCUAUCAAUCGAAGGCAAAGCGACAAGGAACAAAUGUUUCGCAUUGAUGCGCAGACGGGCGCCGUUUACAUUAAUAAACCUUUGGAUUUUGAGACCAAGGAACUGCAUGAGCUCGUAGUGGUGGCCAAAGAUCAUGGCGAACAGCCGCUGGAGACAACGGCGUUUGUCUCCAUACGCGUGACGGACGUCAACGACAAUCAGCCCACAAUCAAUGUGAUCUUCCUGAGUGAAGAUGCCUCGCCAAAGAUCUCGGAGUCAGCGCAACCCGGUGAAUUUGUGGCACGCAUUUCGGUGCACGAUCCGGACUCGAAAACAGAAUACGCCAAUGUGAAUGUGUCACUGAAUGGCGGCGAUGGCCACUUUGCGUUGACCACCCGUGACAACAGCAUCUAUCUGGUCAUCGUGAAUCUGCCCCUGGAUCGCGAAUCCACCUCGAACUACACACUGAGUGUGGUGGCAACGGACAAGGGCACGCCGCCGUUACAUGCCACCAAAUCGAUCUUCUUGCGCGUCACCGACGUCAACGACAAUGCGCCCGAGUUCGAUCAGGACGUGUAUCAUGCUAAUGUGAUGGAGGUGGCUGAUCCCGGCACCUCGGUGCUGCAGGUGAUGGCUCGGGAUCGCGACGAGGGCAACAAUGCGGCACUCAGCUACUCCCUGGCUGACACACCCGAUACGCAUGCGCAGUGGUUUCAGAUCGAUGCACAGACGGGUCUGAUCACCACGAGAUCGCACAUCGAUUGCGAAACGGAGCCGGUGCCUCAGCUGACGGUGAUCGCGCGCGAUGGAGGACAACCGCCGCUCUCCUCGACGGCCACCGUGCUGGUGACCAUUCACGACGUCAACGACAACGAACCGAUCUUCGACCAGAGCUUCUACAACGUCUCUGUCGCCGAGAACGAAGCCGUGGGCAGGUGUAUACUCAAGGUCUCGGCAAGCGAUCCGGAUUGCGGCGUCAAUGCAAUGGUCAACUACACACUGGGCGAGGGAUUCAAGCACCUCACAGAGUUCGAGGUGCGCUCUGCCUCCGGAGAGAUUUGUAUUGCUGGAGAACUGGACUAUGAGCGAAGGAACAGCUACGAGUUUCCCGUGCUGGCCACAGAUCGAGGCGGUCUCAGCACAACGGCCAUGAUUAAGAUGCAGCUGACGGAUGUCAACGACAAUCGACCUGUGUUUUAUCCACGCGAGUACAACGUAUCCCUCAGAGAGUCGGGCACAGCGCAAGCCUCUGGCACUCCUCUGCCCAUUGUGGCUGUGGUGGCCACAGAUCCCGAUGCGGGCAGCUUUGGUCAGGUCUCGUAUCGCAUUGUGGCCGGCAACGAGGGCGGCAUCUUUCGCAUCGAUCGUGCGAGUGGCGAGAUCUUUGUGGUGCGUCCAGACAUGCUUUCGGUGCGCACGCAACCGAGGCACAUGCUCAACAUCUCGGCCACCGAUGGAGGUGGCUUGAGGACAAGCACAGAUGCCGUUGUCUUUCUCAGCAUCAUCGAUGCCAUGCAGCGUCCGCCCAUCUUCGAGAAGGCGCGCUACAAUUACUACGUGAAGGAGGAUGUGCCACGCGGCACAGUCGUUGGCUCAGUGAUAGCCACCAGCAGUGACACCGCUCAAAGGAGUCCCGUGCGCUACUCGAUCUACUCUGGGGAUCCCGAUGGCUACUUCAGCAUCGAGGCCGCUUCAGGCAACAUACGGAUAGCGCAUCCGUUGGACCACGAGGCAAAGUCGCAGGUGCUACUCAACAUUCAGGCCACCAGUGGAGAGCCUCCGGUUUAUGGCCACACACAGGUGAACAUCGAGGUCGAGGAUGUCAAUGACAAUGCACCAGAGUUUGAGACAAGCAUGGUGCGCAUCUCGGUGCCAGAGAACGCCGAGCUGGGCACCCCGCUCUUUGCUGCGCACGCCCACGACAAGGACUCGGGCAGCAGCGGCCAGGUGACCUACAGUCUGUCUUCCUCCACUGCCUCGGGCAAUGCCACCCAGCGUGGUGGCAGAAAGCCGCUGUCUGCAUCACAGUCGAAGUCGAAGUCAUCGCUCUUUGCUAUCGAUGCACGCUCUGGCCACCUUGUGCUAUCACGACAUCUGGACUAUGAGACAUCGCAGCGGCACUCGUUAACUGUGACUGCCACCGAUGGUGGCAUGCCGCCGCUCUCCGCGGAUCUCACCAUCAUUGUGGAUGUCCAAGACGUCAAUGACAAUCCGCCCGUCUUUGAGCGCGACGAGUAUGCUGUGAAUGUCUCCGAAUCGCGAGCUAUCAAUGCCCAGAUCAUCCAGGUGAACGCCAGCGAUCUCGAUACUGGGAAUAAUGCGAGAAUUACGUAUCGCAUCGUCGAUGCCGGCACUGACAAUGCUAGUCUCAGCCUUGGCCACAGUCUCGCCUUGAAUGCAGCCGAUGCCGAUCUUGCCCAGCACUUUGGCAUCUUUCCCAACUCGGGCUGGAUUUAUUUGCGUGCUGCUUUAGACCGCGAGAGUCGCGAUCGCUAUGAACUCACAGUCCUAGCCACCGACAAUGGCACUCCUGCAGCUCAUGCGAGAGCUCGAGUGCUGGUCCGUGUCCUGGAUGCCAAUGACAAUGAUCCGAAGUUCCAGCGCGAAAGUUACGAGUUCCGCAUCGAGGAGAAUUUGCGUCGUGGCGCCGUCGUAGGCGUUGUGACUGCCACCGACCUGGACAUUGGCGAGAAUGCGGCAAUACGCUACCAGCUCUUGCCGGCCAACUCGAGCUUCCAGGUGCAUCCCGUCACAGGCGAGAUUACCACACGCGAGCCUCUCGAUCGGGAACUGCGCGAACUUUACGAUCUGGUCUUAGAGGCCAGGGAUCAGGGCACGCCAACGCGCAGCGCACGCACUCAGGUGCGUGUCCAUGUGACGGAUGUCAACGACAAUGCGCCGGAGAUUGCCGAUCCGCAGGAGGACGUGGUCAGCGUGCGGGAAGAGCAACCACCGGGCACCGAGGUGGUGCGCAUUCGCGCCAUAGAUCGCGACAAUGGACAGAAUGCAUCGAUCAACUAUUCGCUGUUAAAGGGUCGUGACUCCGAUGGCCACGGCCUCUUCAGCAUCGAUGCCAACACGGGCGUGAUUCGAACGCGCGUCAUGCUUGACCAUGAGGAGAGGAGCAUCUAUCGUUUGGCUGUGGCGGCCACCGAUGGCGGCAAUCCGCCCAAGCAAACGCUACGAAUGCUGCGCGUCGAGGUGCUCGAUCUGAAUGACAAUCGGCCAACGUUUACCAGCUCCAGUCUGGUGUUCAGGGUACGCGAGGAUGCUGUCGUGGGCCAUGUGGUGGGCUCGAUUAGUCCCAACGAGCGAGCCGAGUUGCCUCAAGUGAGUGGCAACGGCAACAGCUUGGAUGACCAGCUGUGCGUCACCUAUACACUGAAUCCCCUCACCAAGGACAUAAUCGAGGGAGCCUUCGACAUCGACAGGAAUACAGGCAAUCUUGUUGUCGCUCGCCAACUCGAUCGCGAGCUGCAAGCCGAGUUUCGACUAGAGAUUCGUGCCUUAGACACGUCUGCGAGCAAUAAUCCACAGAGCAGUGCCAUCACCGUCAAGAUCGAGGUGGCUGAUGUCAAUGACAAUGCUCCUCAUUGGUCUCAAGAUCCCAUUGAGCUGCAGGUCAGCGAGUCGUUGCCCAUCGGCAGCAUUAUCUACAAUUUCACGGCCACCGAUGCGGAUUCUGGCACCAACGGAGAACUACAGUAUCGCCUACUGCGCUACACGCCCAUCUUGAACGAAAGCCAGGAACAGACAGCGCCGCUUUUUGCUUUAGACUCGCUCACCGGAUCGCUUAGCCUUCAGUCGCCUUUAGACUACGAGUCACUUAAGGAAUAUCUGCUCAUAGUUCAGGCUUUGGAUCAGUCGUCGAAUGUUACAGAGCGUCUGCAGACCUCAGUCACUGUUCGUCUACGAGUUCUGGAUGCCAACGACAAUGCGCCACAGUUUGUGGUGCCAGCCACAAACGGGGGAAGCUCAGCUAUAGUUUACCUCAGCGAUUCCACUCGCAUUGGUGAAGUGGUUACCCACAUCGUGGCUAUCGAUCAGGAUGCCGCAGAGAAUGGUCGCGUUACCUACGACAUUGUCAGUGGCAAUGGCGAGGGUCGCUUCCGCAUCAAGCCCCAGACUGGAGUGAUUGAGUUAGCCAAAACACUGCCUCCUGCGUCGGAGCAGCUUGACAAAACCAGCCGAUUUAUGCUGACCAUUCGCGCUAGCGAUCAUGGUGCUCCUGCUCCCAUACAGACUACACUUAGUCUUCAGCUAUUGAUCCAGGGCAGCCACAGCAACCCGCCGCGAUUCCUACAGGCUGUCUACCAAGCAACGAUCCUCGAAAAUGUUCCAAGCGGAAGCUUUGUCUUACAAGUGUCAGCCAAGGCAUUCCACAGUGCCGAUAAUGCUAAUCUAACGUAUGAGAUACCUAAAGGCGUGGCAAAUGACCAGUUCCACGUCGACUGGCAACGUGGCAUUGUCACGACACGAGGCAAAUUUGAUCGCGAAUCUCAAGCGCGAUAUGUUCUGCCAAUUUACGUACGUGAUGCCAAUCGAAUGGCAGUCUCGACGGCUUCUGCGAUACGGAAGCAGCGUUCCUCAGACAGCAGCAUGGAGGCGGCAACUGGACAACACUUUGACGUGGCAACGAUCAUCAUCAGCAUUGGCGAUGUCAAUGACAAUGCACCCGAGUUCCGGCCCGGUGCCUGCUACGGUCUUUCGGUGCCGGAGAACAGCGAAACCGCCAUUAUUCACACCGUUGUGGCCAGUGACAUGGAUGAGGGUGCAAACGCAGAGCUGGUCUACAGUAUUAUUGGAGGCAAUGUGGGCAACAAGUUCAGCAUUGAUGCUCGCACCGGCGAGUUAAGUGCUCGACCCUUGGAUCGUGAGCAGCAGUCUCGCUAUACACUUCAGAUACAGGCCUCGGAUCGUGGUCAGCCCAUCAGUCAGCAGGGCCACUGCAAUAUCAGUGUGUUUGUCGAGGAUCAAAACGACAACGAGCCGCGUUUCGAGCUGUCCAAGUACGUGGCCAGUGUGCCGGAGGAUGGGUCCAUUGGCAGCAGCGUGUUGCGCAUCAAAGCCACCGACGCGGAUCUCGGUGUCAAUGCGAGACUUGUCUACUCACUGGCCAACGAGACGCAAUGGCAAUUUGCCAUUGACAGCCAGAGUGGACUCAUCACCACCGUUGGGAAAUUGGAUCGUGAACUGCAGUCGAGCUACAGCUUCAUGGUACUGGCCACAGAUUGUGGACGCUACGAGGUUCGAUCUGGCAGCGUGUCCGUUCAGAUCAACGUGCUCGAUGUCAACGACAACAAACCCAUCUUCGAGCGUUAUCCCUACAGCGGGCAAGUCCCCGCUCUUAUCCAGCCGGGUAAAACACUGCUCACAGUGCAGGCUCAUGAUGCCGAUCUGGGCUUGAAUGGUGAGCUGCUCUACACUCUGAAAGCGGACAGCCAACUGGGUUCAGCUGCGAUGCGUGCCAAGUUCCGCAUAAAUCCCAAUACUGGCGCCCUCAGUGCUACGCAGAGUCUCGCCAGCGAAGCCGGCAAUCUGCUGCAGCUGGAGGUGAUUGCGCGCGACAAGGGAAAUCCACCACAGAGCAGCGUCGGUCUCAUCGAGCUGCUGGUGGGCGAGGCCAGUCGAGGCUCUCCCGCUCUUCAUUUCCAAAACGAAACCUAUCGCACUAAGCUACAGGAAAAUUCGCCAACAGGCACGCGACUGUUUCAAGUGGCUGCGGUACGAAGCGACGGUCGCCGACAGAAGGUGAGCUUCUCUUUUGGCGCUGGCAACGAUGAGGGCAUCUUCUCCAUCGACGCUAGCACUGGCGAGAUACGGGUAGCUAAUCCCAUGCACCUGGACUACGAUCGCUUUGCCAAGCCCACGCUGGAGCCACUCUCUCGAGGCAGAGCCAUGCACUACGAAGAAACAGGCGAACAGAGCGAGCAAAAGGAAGCCGAGGAACAGGUCGAUGGUGAGAAUGGUUCGCGCAGUCAACGAGCCUUAGCCAGCUCCUCGUUUGCCUUGACCACAACGCAACCGCAUGAGCUGCGCCUUGUGAUUGUCGCUCGCAGCGUGGAAGCUCCCUUCCUGUCGAGCUACGCGGAACUUGUGGUCGAACUGGAGGAUGAGAACGACAACAGUCCGCAGUUCUCGCAGCGGCAAUUCGUGGCCACCGUUUGGGAGGGCAACAGCAAGGGAACUUUCGUUACCCAGGUGCAGGCCUUUGAUGCGGACGAAGACGCUAAUGCGCGACUUCGCUACCACAUUGUGGAUGGCAACCACGACAACGCCUUUGUGAUUGAGCCCGCUUUCAGUGGCAUUGUGCGUACGAACAUUGUGCUCGACCGCGAGAUCAGAGAUGUCUACAACCUGAAGAUCAUUGCCACCGACGAGGGCGUGCCCCAGAUGACGGGCACCUCGACAAUUCGCGUGCACAUCGUGGACGUCAACGACAACCAACCCACGUUCCCGCCCAACAACGUGGUCAGCGUCAGUGAAGGUACCGAGCUGGGCGCUGUCAUCGCCUCCGUUUCGGCAAAUGAUGUCGACACCUAUCCCACUCUGACCUAUCGCCUGGGCAGCGACUCCCCCGUUGAGGCAGAGAACCUGGCCCUUUUUGGCCUCGAUCGCUACAGCGGGAAACUUGUGUUGAAGCGCAGUCUCAACUACGAGGUACAGCAAGAGUAUCAGCUGGAGGUCAUUGCCUCCGAUGCGGCGCACGAGGCACGCACCACGUUAACAGUUCGCGUGGCCGACGAGAACGACAAUCCUCCCAUCUUCCUGGCACAAAAACCUCCCGCCUACUUUGCUCUGUUGCCAGCUGCCUCGGAACUGGCAGACAGCGCAUCCAUGGAUGUGGAGCUGUUGACUGUGAAUGCCACGGAUGCAGAUGCCGAAGGACGCAACUCGCAGAUCAGCUACAGCAUCGAACCUCCUUUAGCCGGCUUCAGCGUGCAUGCCACAAGCGGCAUCGUCUCGGUUAACAUGAGCCAACUGCCAACUGCCGAGUCCAGCAGCGGGGAUUACUUUGUGCACAUCUUUGCGCGUGAUGCGGGUAAGCCAAGGCUGAGUGGAGCAACGUUGCUGCGCGUGCAGCCAGGAGACAUUGGUUCGGGUCGUACGCAGUUCUUGCAGACGCAGUACAGAGCGCAGAUCAGCGAGUCAGCCACAGUUGGCUCGGUGGUUCUGCAGCUGGGCCAGGAUGUCAAGGAUCAAACUUUGAGCAUUGCUGCGGGCAACGAAGAAGCCGCCUUCGAGCUGUUGCCUUCCAAGGCGAUUGUGCUGGUCAAACAACUCGAUCGGGAACGCAACGAUUUUUACAAAUUGCAUCUGAUCCUGAGCCAACCCACAGCAGGAUCAAGCUUUGCAACAAACUCCAAUUCGAGUGCUGGCAUCACAGUGUUUGUGAGUGUGCUCGACGCCAACGACAAUGCGCCCAUUUUCGAUCCGAGUGCCAAGUACGAGGCAGAGAUCAGCGAGCUGGCUCCGCUGCGUUACUCCAUCGCCCAGUUGCUGGCAGUCGACGCGGAUCAGGAGAACACGCCCAACUCCGAGGUGGUCUACGACAUCAGUUCCGGCAACGACGAGCACAUGUUCACCAUCGACUUGAUCAGCGGCGUGCUGUUCGUAAACAAUCGCCUGGACUACGACAGCGGGGCAACCAGCUACGAGCUCAUCAUUCGCGCCUGCGACAGCCACCAGCCACGCCCACUGUGCAGCCUGCAGGCGUUCCACCUGUCGCUGCACGACGAGAACGACAAUGCACCGCAAUUCCCGCUCUCCGAGUACGUGCACUUCCUGGGCGAAAACGAACCAAUCGGCAGCUCUGUGUUUCGCGCGCAUGCCAGCGAUCUGGAUCGCGGUCCCUUUGGGCAGCUCAACUACAGCUUGGUGGCGGCCACAGACGACGACAGCUCGUGGCGUUUGUUCCGCGUCGAUGCCCAGUCGGGCAUUGUCAGCUCCGGUGCGGUGUUCGACUACGAGCAGCGACAGCGCUACCAACUUCAGCUGCAGGCCAGCGACAUGGGCGGCAGGAGCGCGCGGGUUGCGGUGCGGGUCGAGAUCGAGUCGAGGGACGAGUUCACGCCACAGUUCACGGAGCGAACGUAUCGCUUUGUGCUGCCAGCGGCGGCCGCAUUGCCGCUGGGCUUUGUCGUGGGCCAGGUGAUGGCCACAGAUGCCGAUAGCGGCGUGGAUGGUCGCGUUGUCUACCAAUUAAGCGCGCCGCACGGCCACUUCAAGGUGAAUCGCAGCAGUGGCGCGGUGCUCAUCAAACGGAAACUCGACGACAGCCUCAUCGACGAUGGCCGCGAUAUCAGUUUGGUGAUCUCGGCUUCGUCGGGUCGCCACAACUCGCUGACGAACAUGAGCGUCGUGGAGAUCGCCCUCGACCCGCUGGCGCAUCCCAACACCAACCUGGCCUCGAUUAGCAUUCCAGGUGCGGGCAGCUCUUCCUCUGGCUCUUCAGGUGGCAGCCUCAGUGACUGGAUCGUGGGUCUGCUUGUCUCGCUGCUGCUCAUUCUAUGCGCCGCAGCGGGAAUCUUUCUCUUCGUCCACAUGCGGAGUCGACGGCCCCGAAAUGCUGUCAAGCCGCAUCUCAGCACCGAGACGGUGGGCGUGGGCAACUCCAACAGCUAUGUGGAUCCCAGCGCCUUUGACACGAUUCCCAUACGCGGUGGCAUGACGGCAGCAGGAGUUGCGGUCGGAGUGGGAGCUGGUGCUGUGGCCUCGGGUCAGUUUGCGCCACCCAAGUACGACGAGAUUCCGCCUUUCGGACCGCAUGCGGGCAGCUCAGGCGCGGCCACCACCUCCGAGCUAUCGGGCUCCGAGCAGUCGGGUUCAAGCGGACGCGGAUCGGCGGAGGAUGAUGGCGAGGACGAAGAGAUCCGCAUGAUCAACGAGGGACCGCUGAGUCAUCGGGCGGGUGCAGGCGCUGGCAGCGACGAUGGACGCAUCUCGGAUAUUUCCGUGCAGAACACCCAGGAGUAUCUGGCCCGCCUCGGCAUUGUGGACCACGAUCCCAGUGGCAGCGGCGGCGGUGGUGGUGGGGCCUCCAGCAUGGCGGGCUCCAGUCAUCCCAUGCCCAUGGCUAUGCCCACACUGCACAUGUUCGACGAGGAUGCCACAGCUCGCUCCGACAUCACCAAUCUCAUCUACGCCAAGCUGAACGACGUCGCCGGUGGCGCGGGAUCGGAGCGAGGAAGCAGCGCGGAUGAUGCAGCCACAACGGCAGGCAGCAUUGGCACCGUGGGUCACGGUCAUGGCCAUGGUGUAAUGGCCAGCUACGGCGAGGUUCCAGUGCCCGUGCCAGUCGUCGUCGGGGGCAGCAAUGUGGGUGGUUCGUUGAGCUCCAUUGUGCACAGCGAGGAGGAGCUGACGGGCAGCUACAACUGGGACUAUCUGCUCGACUGGGGACCACAGUAUCAACCACUCGCGCAUGUCUUCUCCGAGAUUGCUCGCCUGAAGGACGACACCAUGUCGGAGCACAGCGGUCACAGUGGCAGCGGCGCUUCAUCCAGUGCCAAGAGCAAGCAAUCAAUGGCCCACUCGUCGCACUCCUCAGCAGGCGCGGGCAGUGUCGUGCUCAAGGCUCCACCACCCAGCACACACAUUCCUCCACCUCUGCUGACCAAUGUGGCGCCUCGAGCCAUCAAUCUUCCUGUGCUCGGCAAUUCCGGAGGUCUUCGACUGCCGCCCCAUCUCAGCCUCGCUAAUCUGCCGCGUUCUCCCAUCGGACACGAAGCCAGCGGUGGCUUCAGUACUUCCUCGGCCAUGUCACCCUCAUUCUCGCCCUCCCUCUCCCCACUGGCCACGAGGUCGCCUUCGAUUUCCCCGCUUGGUGGACCGCCCACACACAUGUCGCACGUAUCCCUGCCCCGCCACGCCCCUCAGCCGAGCCAGCGAGCCAAUGUGGGCACGAGAAUGUAAUCGAAUGAAGAUGUAAUCGUAAUGUAAUCAGUGUGAUCACCAUUAGAGCAUAGAGUAGUCGUAGUGAUUGUCCCCAAUUAGAUCCCUAAGUUAGUGCCACAGACUUGAGCAAUGGAGCGCAGCUGUACAUGCAUAGUAUUACCACACACACACACAUCCUUACACACACACACACACCUGGGU